AAUCUCACGCCACUCAAAAAUUCGUUAACAAAAACAAUAGAAUAGGAACAACAAAAGCAAAGCAAUAAAUUAUAACAAAUUCAAAGACAACCAAAUUUAGAUAACUCGUAUAUAUGCAAGCAGAGAUAGAGACCGCGAGUGCCAGGGCGAACGACAAUCCCCCGCAGCCGAGGAAAACGAAGACAAAGACGGCAACAGCAACAGCAACGGCAACGGAUGCAGAGACGGACGAGAGCCGGCGGAGAAGGAAGGCCAUGGAUGACUACGACAUCGAUAUCGAUCUGAAUUUCGUGCAACUGAGCCGCCAGCAACUGCUGCAGCGCUACAGCAGUGCCGUGCGCCAGCUGCGUCGCCUGGCCGAGGCCCACCGCGAGGUGCGACCCCUGUCCUUCGACAGUUACGUGCUGUUCCAGUACUUUCAUCAGCGCAACUGGCGACAGCGAAAUGUCGGCGGGGGCGGCGGCGGAGGCGCUGUCAGUGCAACGUUGGUACCGCCGCCGCAACUGAUGGCCUACCUCAAGCUGGAGGUGCUGCACCAUUUGCUGGACCGCCGGCGCCAGAUCCUCUGCUGGCUCUUCUACCUUACGCUCGUGUCGCUGUGCGUGGCCGCGUACCGCUACGAGGCAUCGGGCGGUGGCAGCGAGCGCGUUGUCCAGUCGACGGUGUAUCCCGGGAUGCGGAUGUGGCGGCGCAUGACCAUGCCGCUGAUCCAGCGCUUUCCUCGGCUCACCGAGCUCUACGACGAGUCCUGUCUGAUGGGCAAUCCCUUUUUCCAGAUGGAGGACCUCAGCUGCGGCCCCUGCGCCAAUGUGGAGAGCGUCUGGUUUGAGAGCGAUGAGUGCGCCCAGCUGCAUGCCACCGUCAGUGGCAGUGUCAGCGGCAGCGACAGAGACAGUGACAACGGCUUGUCCCUGCUCCAGAAGUGCCGCCAGACGAUGGCCGAGGGGGACAGUGUGCCGUUUGCGUUCAAGAGCCAGCAGGAUGCCAUGGAUCUGAGCGACUUCUACAACAUCUAUGCCAGCAACCACGUGAUCUUCCAGCGCGAUGCUUACCGGGUGCACUCCACCAACCAGGGUGUCCACAAUCUCGAGGAUCUCUUUGGCCAGUUCAACAGCAGCAACAGUGGCAGUGGCAGCAGCGACAUGAACACAAAAGCCGAUCCACCUACCUGGACACAGCAGGCGCACAAUCUGUGGCGCUGCAAUCGCAUGCUUCCCGCUCGCCUGCUGCGCCCCAUCUUUGCCCGGCCGUCCCGCCUUCCCAGCCUGGGCGUCGCCCUGGAGCGCUACAUGGCCAUCGACACGUCCCAGGCGCCGGCCUAUACGCUGCCGGAGACCGAGUGCCCCAAUGUGUAUGUCCACCAGGCGGUGGGCACUCGCUUCAUCAUCCUGCGGCCCACCAGCGAGUGUCGGCACCGCUGCCGCACCCUCUCCAUUCGUCUCACGCAGUCCUUUGUCCUCAGCUACAACUGGCUGUAUUGGAAGCCGAUCUCGGCCCCGGAUCCCAUAUCCGAGUCCCUCUCCAUCAGCCUGAUCGGUUCCUACUGCUAGAGGGGUGCUGCUCCACAUCCCAGCGCCAUACACAUUUAAAUGCA